GCGGCCCAGGCUCAGCUUUUGUGGCUGAGGGUUGUUGGCACCGUCGUCGCUCGGGCCCUCCUUGGUAGCUCUGGGGCAACGGCCCGUCGCUUCUGAGGAGAAGCCAGCCUGUCGCCGUCAUGCACGACGCCUUCGAGCCAGUGACGAUCCUGGAAAAACUGCCGCUGCAGAUCGACUGCUUGGCGGCUUGGGAAGAAUGGCUCCUAGUUGGGACUAAACAAGGACAUCUUUUACUUUACAGAAUUCGAAAAGAAACUGGCUGCAACAGGUUUGAAGUCACAUUAGAAAAAUCAAACAAGAACUUCUCCAAGAAGAUACAGCAGAUCCACGUUGUAUCCCAGUUCAAAAUUUUGGUCAGUUUAUUAGAAAAUAACAUUUAUGUUCAUGAUCUGUUGACCUUUCAACAGAUCACAACAGUUUCCAAGGCAAAAGGUGCAACUCUCUUCACUUGUGAUCUAAAGCACUCGGAUACUGGAGAAGAGGUUCUUAGAAUGUGUGUGGCAGUAAAAAAGAAGUUACAACUGUUUUAUUGGAAGGACCGAAAAUUCCAUGAAUUGCAGGGAGAUUUCAGUGUGCCAGAUGUACCUAAGUCGAUGGCAUGGUGUAAAGAUUCAAUCUGUGUUGGUUUCAAAAGGGAUUAUUAUCUAAUAAAGGUAGAUGGGAAGGGAUCGAUUAAGGAACUAUUUCCUACAGGAAAGCAGCUUGAGCCAUUAGUAGUCCCAUUGAUAGAUGGCAAAGUUGUUGUAGGCCAAGAUGAUCUAACUGUUGUGUUGAAUGAAGAAGGAGUCUGUACACAGAAAUGUGCCUUCAAUUGGACAGAUAUCCCAACAGCCAUGGAACAUCAGACUCCAUACGUGGUCGCAGUAUUGCCAAGAUAUGUAGAGAUUCGUACGUUUGAGCCCCGUCUCCUGGUUCAGAGUAUUGAACUACAUAAGCCACGCUUCAUUACUUCUGGAGGUCCUAAUAUUGUAUAUGUGGCCAGCAAUCAUUUUGUUUGGCGCCUCAUUCCAGUUUCCAUUGCAACCCAGAUUCAGCAGCUCCUCCAAGAUAAACAGUUUGAAUUGGCUUUGCAAUUGGCGGAUAUGAAAGAUGAUUCUGACAAUGAAAAACAGCAACAGAUCCAUCACAUUAAGAAUCUUUAUGCCUUCAACCUUUUCUGCCAAAAGCGCUUUGAUGAAUCAAUGCAAGUUUUUGCUAAACUUGGGACAGAUCCUACACAUGUGAUAGGUCUCUAUCCUGAAUUGUUGCCCGGUGAUUACAAAAAACAGCUCCAGUAUCCAAAUGCAGUGCCAAGUCUCUCUGCAGCGGAGCUAGAAAAAGCACACCUAGCACUUAUAGAUUACCUAACUCAUAAACGAAGUCAGUUAGUGAAGAAGCUAUAUGAUUCUGACCAUCAGUCCACUACAUCUCCCCUCAUGGAGGGAACUCCUACCAUAAAAUCCAAAAAGAAAUUGAUACAGAUAAUUGAUACUACACUGUUGAAAUGCUUCCUCCAUACAAAUGUAGCCUUAGUGGCACCAUUAUUGAGACUGGAGAACAAUCAUUGCCAUAUUGAGGAAAGUGAGCAUGUGCUCAAGAAAGCUCAUAAAUACAGUGAAUUAAUCAUACUAUAUGAAAAGAAAGGUCUCCACGAAAAGGCCUUGCAGGUGCUAGUGGAUCAGUCCAAGAAAGCUAAUUCUCCUUUGAAGGGUCAUGAAAGAACUGUUCAGUAUUUACAACAUUUGGGAACAGAGAACUUGAAUUUAAUAUUUUCCUAUUCAGUUUGGGUACUUAGGGAUUUUCCUGAAGAUGGAUUAAAAAUAUUUACAGAAGAUCUUCCUGAAGUAGAAUCCCUGCCACGAAAAAAGAUUCUGAACUUCUUGUUAGAGAAUUUUAAAAACCUCGCCAUUCCUUACUUGGAGCAUGUAAUUGAUAUCUGGAAUGAGAUUGGUUCGGAGUUUCACAAUUGUCUGAUUCAGCUCUACUGUGAGAAAGUACAAGGCCUAAUGAAGGAAUAUCUCACUUCUUUCCCUCCAGAUGAAACACCAGUGCCAGCUGGAGAGGAAGAGGGGGAACUUGGAGAGUACCGAAAAAAGCUUCUUUCCUUCCUUGAGAGUUCCAAUUAUUACAAUGCUGAGCAACUCAUCAGUGACUUUCCCUUUGAUGGUCUCCUAGAAGAACGUGCACUGCUCUUGGGACGCAUGGGAAAUCACGAGCAAGCUCUAUUUAUAUAUGUUCACAUCCUAAAGGACACCAAGAUAGCUGAAAAUUACUGUCACAAACACUAUGACCGAAACAAAGAUGGCAGUAAAGAUGUAUACUUGUCUCUGCUCCGAAUGUAUCUUUCACCACCUAGUGUUCAUUGCUUGGGACCAAUCAAGAUGGAACUCUUAGAGCCACAAGCGAAUCUUCAAGCUGCAUUGCAGGUUUUGGAACUUCAUCACAGCAAAUUGGACACUACUAAAGCAAUAAAUCUCCUUCCAGCCAAUACUCAAAUUAGUGAGAUACGAAUAUUCUUGGAAAAAGUCCUUGAAGAAAAUGCCCAAAAGAAGCGAUUCAAUCAGAUACUUAAAAAGCUUCUCCAUGCUGAAUUCUUGCGAGUACAGGAAGAACGGAUUUUACAUCAGCAGGUGAAAUGCAUAAUCACAGAAGAAAAAGUUUGUGGUGUGUGUAAAAAGAAGAUUGGAAAUAGUGCCUUUGCCCGGUUUCCUAAUGCAGUUGUUGUGCAUUAUUUCUGCUCCAAAGAUGUUGGCUCAAUGGAUACCUGAAAGCAUUUAUUACAUGAACUAGGUGGUCACAAUGUUCAUAUGGAAAGAGAAAGAACAUUUGAUAAGCAGUUUGAUAUCUCUAAAGAAUCUUCUGAGGCAUGUUGCUUGCAAACAGCUUGAGCCCUCCAUUGCUUCACUGGAUGAUUUCUAAUUUGCCCAGCGUGGACUGAACAACAACAAAAAACAGGUUUGAACUAUAGUUAGAUACACUUAGCGGCAGGUUAACCUCAUAGUACUUCAGUUUGAGGAAGAAUGCAAACUAAAUAUGUAAUAGCUUGCUGUUACACUCCAGAUUUAUAGGAAUUCCUAUUAAAAGAAAACUGAUGCUGAACAUUAAUAACAGGAGCAAAUAGCCUUUUGGGUACAAGUUAUCAUUCAGAUCCAAGGUGGGGAAAAACUCUUAUAUUUUAUCAGCGUUGUAUUAAAAUCUACUUUCAUCAGCCAUUUGGAGGCAGGUACUAUCAAAAAGGCUGUACUUAGAUUUUCUUUCUUUCUAGUAUUGGAAAAAAGUAGGUACUGAUAAGAAAACUUUGUAUCUGAAGAAAUUAUCAGCAGUAAUAGUUCCAAAGGAACUAAUCUCAUACAAUAUGAUCAGAAUUGCUAUUAUUAGUUUAAUUUUUUGAAAAUACAAAUGGGCUUACUAUUUUGCACUGUGUUUUGUCACUAACAUGAUGAACAUAAUAAAAACGGCAACAAUUUUUGAAGGAAAACUAGCACUUGCACUUUACAGAAAAGAGAAAAAAAGUGAUCUUUUGAGAUUUUAAAGGGGGCAGGUUUUCAUAUUGCUGGAACAGCUGAUCUCUAUUUAAAAAUAACAUUGUAGUGAAAUAUUUAAGCCUUUUGUGCACUUCCCCCUUCACGUAGAACAGAUACUUAUUUAAUGUCAGUAUUUGAGUUUCUUAUACCUGUUCAGAUUGGUGCUCUUUGGUUGCUUGAUGUACCUAAAUAACUUUUUAUGUUGGAAGAAACUGCUUAUUUUUACAUACUGGAAUUUAAAUCUUUGUUGUGAAGAGGAUAAGGAUGUGAGUAUUCACAUAAAAAUAAACCCAGGAGCUAAAUGAGGAAUUACUUCACCUUAGUUUCGUGUUGUUUUAUUUUUUUGCAUUUUGUAAAUUUGAUAAUGCAAUUAAGCCUUAUGAUCUGAGCUGGCCUAAAAUGUAAGGAUGGCCCAAGAAAAGUUGGUUAAGAUUUUCUUUUUAUACUAUUUGAAUUUCAGUUAUAAUAUGUGCUUGUUAUGGUUAGAAAUGAACAAUGAGAAAUUUAGAACAAAGUAAUUCUUUUCUUCACAUAGAAGAAAUACAAAGCUACUGGGUUUGCGCAUUUAUACUCAAAAACCUUUAUAAAGUAGGUCAGAUAACUCUCUUCGGAAAUUAACAGACAAAGGAAAAUUACUGCAAAACAAAUUAUGAGCUUUGCUGACCAUUCUGACACACUUUAAAAUGUGUUUGCUGCCAAGAAAAUGAUGAGCCGCAGAGGCUUCUGGUAAGUAUUUUGCUUUUCCUUCACAGCAAAGUUUUAUGUGCCUUGGUUCAGCUUCCUGUAUCCUUGGAGGAAAUGUUGCUUGUGUUUUUAUUUACCCUGCUGGUAGCCGUGUAUAAGAAUAUGGGGCUCACCAAUUGUACAGCAGGUUCCUUUAAAGCAAUAAAGUUUGAUGUUUUGAGAAA